CCUGUGACUGUGCGUUGCAUGAACCACUCCAAGACAGUCAUCUCUAUCUUCCAGCAACGCUGCAGCAUUUGACAUUUCGAGAUCAAGAUGGUGUCUCUUCGAAGUCUUGCAUCCAUGGCCGCCGGAUUACUGGUGCUCAAUGGUGGUACUCUUGUUGGGUAGGUCUAGUCUUCACAGGACCGAACAUCCCUUAACACGAUUUACCCUCCAUCCAUUGUGUGAACUCUAAGCUAACUUCUCCAAAGCGCAACCCCAACUCCCUCAAUGGAGCUCCACUCUCGUCAGGACUGCACCGGUGUAGCACCAUCGCUCGGAGGGCAAGCCUGCGGUGGCACGAAUGUUAUGACUUGCCUCACAGAAGACACAUGGCAAUGCCCCAACGGCGAUACUGGCGUGGUCCCUCCAGACACCGUCUGCAUUUGCAACGCUUUCCGCCAUCCGGGCUGGAUUCCCAACAACGAGCUCCCAAACCAAGAUGGAACAGAAUGCCAUAAAGGUAUCGUCUGUGUUAUCGAGGGAGGAACGCAGUUUCGGGUCUGUGGUGUGAGUGGUUUGCAACCACCUCAAGACGUUCCUCCUGUAACUGUCUGUAGAGAUGGUGGGAUAACUUGACCGUGAGCGUCGUUUGGUUGUUCUUGUAUUUGAGUGAACUUGGUUUUGUUUUGGCUAGACAAUGUAUUAUUGUCGAGGUGGACGCUUCGUAACUCUCAAAAUGACUUCGUAGAACGAAGGCGACAAAUAUGAAAGAACUCAAAUUCAA